AUGGGUGGCGCAAGCAGAGAAGGUGGCAAGGUCAAGCCUCUCAAGGCCGCCAAGAAGGAAAAGAAGGACCUCGAUGAUGAGGAUCUUGCCUUCCACGAGAAGCAGAGAGCCGAUGCCGCGGCCAAGAAGGCUAUGAUGGAAUCCGCCAAGGGCAAGAAGGGUCCCCUGAACACUGGUCAGCAGGGUAUCAAGAAGUCCGGCAAGAAAUAA